CUACACAGCACCAUAUGUAGUCCAGCUGCCGAGAUGCAACCUCCAUAUUGUCUAGUAGUACGAGUACCAGGCAACUUCCAUUUGCUCGUUUGAAGGGAGGCAAUGUAUGAUUUCUUUCUAAACAUCCUCGACUCGAGAAGCAGCAGCUUGGUCUUUCAUCUGAUCUCGGAGACCUCAAACGCCGUGCUGCAGUUCUGCCAGGCGCUUCAUCCAGAUUCCGCAUGAUCUUGCCUCUAGUAGACUAGAUUAUUGGCUACUAGACCUAAACUCCUGUCAGAGGCCCAAGUACCAAGACAACUUCUUUCCGUUCGUUGUGUACACUGGGGCUACUUCGAGACUACGAGCGGUAGUACCUCCAGAGUCGACGCCAAUUCCUUUAGGGAAGCUGUUCUUCGACCGUACCUUCCUUCCUUCCUUCCUUGACAUUGCCAACAACGUAACUGAAUACUUCCCUUCCGUGUCACGUCACUUGCAGGUUCUUCAGUUUCUCUUCUUCUCUUCCGUCAAAUCAAACAGUUUGUUGUCAAUGUGUUUCUAUGGCGUCAACCUACUGCACUGCACCACCACUCGUUACAAUACUUGCAAGGUUCCAGUCUCAUUGCCCUGUCACCAAGAGGUAUCCUCGAGAGAGCUGCAGCUCCACCGUCGGCUCUACGCGUAUUCUGCACCCGCUCCAGCUCCAAGACGUCCUCGGGAAACGGCUCGUCACAUAUUACUCCCGGAUUCCGUCACCAACCAUCUCUUUGCAGGCCCCGCGUCGACGAACGACUGGCGACAUUCACGCGUACAAGGCUGCGCUGCGCGGUGGACUCUGUCCAGUCAACCAUAGUGAAAAGCGUCUUAGUGGUCGUCUCAGUGGUCUGUAGGCCUGCUUGCCCGCCUGGCUCCAGUCACAGUAAGCCCCACCAUGUCCGACUCCAAUCCUCAGUCUAAUAAACGAAAGCAUCAUUCAACAUCUUCUGCUCCCCACGCCCAAGAACCACCAAAACGAAGCAAGCACGAACCUAACGGGGCAACAACAACCUCGUUCACAUCCAUGGAAGUCGACAAGGCCAAGCACCACCCCAAUGCUGUUCCCACUGCUGUCCCCGUCGGAGCGGCCAUCUUCGAUGAACCCGUCUCAUACCUAGACCUCAAGGCCUGGAUCGCCGAACAAGAAGCCCUACCCCAGCCGGAGCCACUCACUGAUAUCCAGAAGAGAGCCAUUCUGGACCUGAAGAAUUCCAUUGUCAAGACGAAGCAUAAUUUUGGCCUUAACGAAGCUGAUUGGGUCUCUUUACUCAUGAGAUACCAGCAGGCCCAUCAAGCCGAACAGUGUGUGGUCGAAUAUAAUGAUAGCCACCAAAAUCCGGUUGGCAAGGUUGGGUUCAUGUGCUUUGUCUCACUUCAAGUCACCAGGGACUGGGAGCCGAUCCUCUUCCCCAGCGAAGAGAAUGGUCUAUUGCAGGACGAGAUUACCGGAGCACCUUACGUCCCGCAAUUUAACAAGAAAAAGGACGCAAAACGGUACGCAGCCAAGUGUGCUAUCGAGUGGCUUAUGUAUCAAAGGUACAUGCCCUCAGAUUGCAAAAAUGUGACUUUCAGCAGUUUCAAGGCGACGCCCAAACCUGCCAAUCCCCAAAUCGGGCAGGCGAAGAAAACAGCUCAAGUUGCGGUUGUGCACCCUUCGAUCAUUACUCCCCAGCGGACCCCUACGGCACCGGUCGAAAGCAACGGAUUCGCUAAUGAUAAUGGCACCGUGUCUGCGCCCAUCUUCAUCCCCGCCACGCCAUCGCCUCCCGCGACCGGGGAAUCGGAAUCGCAUAACGAUAGCAACGGUGCCUCUCCGGAUCCAAAUGCCGUGAGUAACACCGAGAAGUCAUUGGCACCCUAUCUUGCCAAACCUCCUCCGGCUGCCGCGCCUAUUUGUAGGAAAGCCACCGAUAAUCUUCUUGAUAUUGACGUCCAUGACGAUAGUAUCUCGGUCCAUCAACGAAUAGCUGAGAUGUGCAGGAGAUUGGGGAUGACAAUGCCACAAAUCAAAGUCGAGCUGAUUCCUGAGACUCAGGACAUGUUCCGCGGCCGGGCCAGCUUUCCGAUCGAGGCCGGGCCGGUACCGGAGCAUGUCGGGCGAGUGGAAAGCGGUUUAUUGAUGAAGCGCACCAAGGAGAUGGUGGGUGAGCAAGUUCUGGAAUUUCUGUUCCAGCUUGAGAAGAAACGGCUUGCGGAGGCGGACCUUGUUUGGGAGGAUGUUUGAGGCUGCGCAGGGAGUAAAUCUAUGGUAUCAGGCAGUGAUGGGGUCUGUGGUGUUUACCUCCGCUGGUAUUUGGUUGCCUAUCUCGAGUGAUGGGAGGAACAUGGCGCAAGCGUCUGUCCACGCCACGAGCUCGUAUCGAUGAUGGUCUCUGAUCUUUGGAUCUCGGAGCAGUUUUGGAGUUGUCAAGUCUACCCAUAGGAGGGAUGAUGUUGAUAUUGUUCACGGUAUAGCGACCAUCUCCCAAGUUUACUGUGGAAAUCUCGCCUCGAACCUACAGAAAGGCAAAAUCGAGCAGCGAAGUAACUGUAACACUAUGAUCAACGAAAUAUAUUUUCAGUCAUGACCGUCAAAACUCAUAAUCAG